CAAUCAUGUCAAAUACACCAUUCCCUCUACUAAACUAACAAAUUCACAAAUCCCCCCUUUUUCUCUUUCUUUCUUUUUCUCCUCCCUUAUAUAAGGCUCACAUAGUCAUGUUUUGCGUCUCGAAUUCAAUCCAGAUUAUAGCUUAUAACUCGUUAACUGACUUCCACAUAGUACCAAGAUUUUGUAUUCAGACCGAACCACGUAAAUCUUUGGUUCUUUUGUGUUGUGGGAUUGCUCGGUUUCGGUUCUCGCUUUCUAUGUAGUUUGUGUUAAUAUCUUCCUAUGUAACACAACUUUGAAACAACUUCCACACUUAAUUUCUUAAUUAACCCACAACCUUUGAGAGCACCAAGCCAUGUCCGGUACGGGAGCCUCGGACCUAAAUAAAACCCACAAAAAGCCGUCCCACCGGCGGAGCGACUCCGGCGAGCUCGACGUUUUCGAGGCCGCGAGGUACUUCUCGGCCUCGGCCGAAGUCUCCGGCGGCCACAAAGGUUUCACUUUCGCGCAGAAGUUACAGAGGGAAGAAAGGCAGCAGGGUUGGCGAUCGGGUGGAAGGAUCAGCCUAGACUUUCCCGUGCGAAACUCAAUUCCUUCGUCACAAACCCAAGUGAUGGAAAAGCAAGUACUGAAAGAGAAAAAGAAGUACAAGCAACCGAGCUCCCCUGGUGGCAGGCUCGCCAGCUUCUUGAAUUCCCUUUUCCACCAAAUACCCAACAAGAAGAAGAAAUCCAAGUCCACCACCACCACACAGUCCGUGAAGGACGACGACGAGAGCCCCGGCGGCGGUGGGAGGAGGAAAAGGAGGAGCAGCAUUAGUCAUUUCCGCAGCGGCUCUAACAACACCACAGAGUACUCGAAGUCCAUCUACUCGUCAUCAAUGAACUCUGGAUUCAGAACACCUCCCACGAAGUUCUUCAAGGAUUUGAGAAGCUAUUCGGAUCACAAACCAGUGGUGCCCAGUCUGGCCAAAUAUGAUGAGAAAUUCAAGGUCACAAGCGGGUGUGGAGAGAGGUUCAUCAAGAACUCCGGUACCGGGUUUUCAGAGAAAGAAAGGAGCUGGGCUGAUAGGUACCCAUCGGAAGAGAGGGAGUUUGGGAAGUUCAGUGAAGUGGGUGAUGAUGGAGAUAGUGAUUCGAGCUCUGAUUUGUUUGAGUUGGAAAAUUGUGAUUUGGGUAGUGGUUUACCAGUUUAUGAGACUACUCAUAUUGACAGUAUCAAGAGAGGUGUACCAAUUUCCAAUGGGGCAUAGCUAGUCCUGUGAUUUGUUUUCAUUUUCUUGUUUCUUCUUCUUGUUUUCAGGUUUCCUCGUCGUUUUGCCAUUUGAUUCUUCUUGUUUGGAGAUGUGACAAAAGAAAAUGUUAGAAUUCCUGUGUA